AUGACUGUGUUCUCCGUCCUGCCCAGAGUCGCAAAUCAUGCUGGUUGUCUGGGAGGAAAACAAAGCUUGAGACCCAAGAUGAAGGCAGAGAAGGAGGCUCCUGCAAAACCUCAAAUUAUUUCCCAGAUUUUAUUGCUCGUGUGUCUCGGUUCCUUCAAUUCAGGUGGGGUCCUGGCAGUGAACAUGACCAUCCCCAACACUCUAAUAAGAGGCACAGUAGGGGGAGAGGCCCUGCUGUCAGUUCGCUACAACAGCUUCAGCCCCGACCUGCCGGUCAUCAAGUGGCAGCUCAAAAGGGAAAAGUCUGUCACUGUCGUCCAGUCGAUUGGAACUGACAUCAUUGGGACUCUGAGGCCUGAAUAUCGUGACCGCAUCCUGGUAUUUGAGAAUGGGACUCUGCUUCUCCACAACCUCAGAAUGCCUGAUGAUGGAACGUAUGAUGUGGAAAUCUCCAUCACAGAUGACACCUUUACAGGAGAGGGCAGCAUCACACUCACUGUGGAUGAGUCUAUAUCCAGGCCCUAUAUCCACAUGGAGAGUUCAUCAGUACUGGAGCUCAGUGAAAACGUCAUCCUCAACUGCUCCCAUGACAACGGAACCAGGACUACAUACAGGUGGUUCAAAGGUGGAAAGCCACUCACCAAUAUGACGAGGUUCAUGUUGUCACCUGACCAGAAGCUGCUGACCAUCACACGGGUGCUGAUGGCAGAUGAUGAUACCUACAGCUGCACAGUGGAGAAUCCUGUGGGCAACAUGACAAGCAUGCCGAUCAGACUGACUGUCUACAGAAGAAGUUCCCUCUACAUCAUCCUGUCCACUGGAGGCAUCUUCCUCCUCAUCACCUUGGUAACAGUAUGUGCCUGCUGGACACCUUCCAAAAAGUCAAGACAUCCCGCUAGAAAGCCUCUCUCCAGGUUUUAUGAUCAAUCUGAUCACCCACCAGUCAAUCACACAGAUGGUGUGCUUCCAAAAUUUACAGAGCACAAUGGAGUAAAUGCUGUAACUUCACUUUACAUCCUCCAGCAAAAGGAUCCCUCCAUGGAUGACUCAUCCAGCAACAGUAUUGGAUCUCCCACUGAACUUGACAACCCACCGAGCUACAACAGCUCCCCCAAGUACACUGGUUGUCUGACCCAUUCUAAUGGGUCCCCUGCCCGCUCCUCCUACAGGUAUACCUGAGGGCUGAUCGAUUCAAACUCUCCACGUCGCAGCAGGUGUGAGUUCAGAGUGUCAUUCUGACUCUGGAAAGCAACUUUCUUCACAUCCACACGGAGUUCCUUGAAAGAAUUCAAAACCGUUUUCUGGGGUUUUACAGUAAUGUCAUCACUGCCUAUUGAUAUAAUUUCUUUUAUUGAAGUAAACUGGAAAUUGAACACAAGUUGUGUUGGAUGUUAACAACACAGCCUGUAGAGGAAUAUGAAGGCAGUGAGACAUCAGGCAGGUUUUGGGAUCCACCACUAACCACCACUGUUGUUGGUUACUGGAAUUACAAAU